AAGCAUCUUUCUUAUUGAGACAUUUCAAGUUCAAAUUUCAACGCCCAUGGCUAAAAUCCAAGCAUAUUAGAAGCAAUAAUGAUGGUGGGUUGACUGAAGGGGUCAACUAAUGGAACACAAACAUAGUACUACCUAAUUUUCUUUCUACUUUCCAGGAAAUACCAUCUAGGCACCGCUGCUCUAGAACUCUUUGUCUCCUACUUAAAAUAAUGCAAAAUUCAAAGCUAACUCUUCCCUUUUCUGACUACGCCAAGUUGAAAUAUGUUAAAAAGUCAAAAGAACAGAACCUGUCAAGUGUCAACUAACACUACCAUAAUACAUCCAUUGGCAUCUUUACCAUCCUUACCAGCAUUUUCCCACUAGUAACUUUCUACAAGAUUCUUAAAGAGUUCAAAAAUCCCAAGCUAUUUCUCAGCUAGUACAGUGUUGAAACUCCCAUGAUUUUUCAAGAAAAUAGAAGCUUUAAUUUAGUGUUAGGCAUAUUAGUGUUGAACAUUCUGUGGGUGGGGGCUAAAUCCCAGUGUAGUGAUGAUUGUGAUGCAUUAGCUUCGUUUUAUUUAUGGAAUGGUGCAAACCUUACUUUCAUAUCUUAUUCUUUUUCUACCACCAUAAAAAAUAUUCUUAGUUAUAAUCCUCAGAUAACCAAACCAGAUACUAUUCAAUUCCAAAGCAGAGUUAAUGUUCCCUUCUCAUGUGGCUGUAUAAAUGGGGAAUUCAUGGGCCAUCAGUUUGAUUUGCAGGUCAAGACUAGUACUACUUAUCCGAGAAUUGACCGAUUUUAUUUUUCGAACCUUACAACAGUUGAAAUGUUGCAGAAGUCUAACAGUUAUGAUCCUAACAAUGUUCCUGUAAAUUCUAUAGUAAAGGUUAUUGUGAACUGCUCUUGUGGGAAUAGUCAGGUGUCAAAAGACUAUGGUCUAUUCAUAACUUAUCCGAUUCGCCCUAAUGAGACUUUGGCUACAAUAGCCAAUGAUUUUAAGCUACCACAGAAGUUGUUGGAGGACUAUAAUCCUGAAGCAAAUUUCAGCAGAGGGACUGGUCUGGUUUUCAUUCCUGGAAAAGAUCAAAAUGGAACUUAUCCACCAUUAAGGACUUCAACAAGCUCAACAGGAAUUUCGGGUGGAGCUAUAGCUGGCAUAUUGGUUGCAGCAGUUUUUGUUCUAGCCCUUUUAGCGGUUUUCUUGUAUCUUUUCUUAAUUAAAGGCAGGAAAACGGAGGACGAAUCAUUUCUUGACAUGGCACCUUACAAACAUAGUAGUAAUGAGCACGUUCAUGGUCAUGCAAAUUUAGAGAAUUCUUCAGAACAAGGUUCUCUUAAUAAGGGUGCUUCUCCAGAGCCCCCAAGGAUCACUGUGGAUAAAUCAGUGGAAUUUUCAUAUGAAGAACUAGCUAAUGCCAGCGAUAACUUCAGCACAGCCUACAAGAUUGGUCAAGGUGGUUUUGCAUCUGUUUACUAUGCAGAGUUAAGAGGCGAGAAAGCUGCAAUCAAGAAGAUGGAUAUGCAAGCAACAAAAGAGUUCCUUGCUGAAUUGAAGGUUUUGACCCACGUUCAUCACUUGAACUUGGUACGUUUGAUAGGAUAUUGCAUUGAAGGAUCUUUGUGCUUAGUCUACGAAUACGUUGACAAUGGAAACCUAAGCCAACACUUGCAUGGUUUAGGUAGGACACCAUUGCCAUGGUCUACCAGGGUGCAAAUUGCUCUGGAUUCAGCUAGAGGCCUCGAGUAUAUCCAUGAACACACUGUUCCUGUAUAUAUCCAUCGUGACAUUAAAUCAGCCAACAUUUUGAUCGAUAAAAACUUCCGUGCAAAGGUUGCUGACUUUGGACUUACAAAACUGAUAGAAACUGAAGGUUCUAUGCACACUCGUCUUGUUGGUACUUUUGGUUACAUGGCCCCAGAGUAUGGUCAGUUUGGUGAUGUUUCUCUCAAAACUGAUGUAUAUGCUUUUGGAGUUGUGCUUUAUGAAUUAAUAUCUGCUAAACAAGCUAUUAUCAGAGCUAGUGAAAUUGCUACUGAAUCGAAGGGGCUCGUUACAAUGUUUGAGGAUGUGCUUAAAGAGAUUGAUCCUAGAGAAGGAAUAUGCAAAUUGGUAGAUCCAAAACUUGGUGAUGAUUAUCCCCUGGAUUCAGUCUGGAAGGUGGCUCUUCUUGCCAAGUCUUGCACACAUGAAAAUCCUCAACUGAGGCCAAGUAUGAGGUCAAUAGUAGUAGCUUUAAUGACAAUAUCAUCCUCAACAGCAGAUUGGAACAUUGCUGCAUUUUAUGAGAACCAGGGCCUUGCCCAUCUCAUGUCAGGAAGGUAACAAAUUCCAAUUGGACUUUAUUGUGUUACUCGAAAUUAGAACCAGAAGUAACACUUGCCCAUUUGUUUACAUCAACCAUAUGAACUUACUAUAGGUACUUUUGCUAUACUGUAAAAUA